AUGAAGUUAGUGUACAACCAUCAAUGCGGAAUUCUGCCAUGGUGUUUCCGCAAUAAUUUACAUUUAGGACUAACCGGUCGGUCUGGAAUCUUCCGGUUUGUUCACACAGACAAAAAUGGCACUUUUAUAGGACCGGAGUACGGGAUGCCAGGCAUGCCUAAAUUACCACAAAGGAUACGACAGCAGUCAAAGAAGGAUGAUGCGGGGAAAAAGCAAACAGCAAAAUCCCCUUUGGCGACUUCUCUUGUGAUGGCGAAGACAGGAAAGUGGCAAACGUUAAAAAAUAAGGUCAGAUGGAUGCUUUUCAGGCAAAGCAGGUCGUUUAAUGCAGAUGACAUUUCAGCGUUCGUGUCCUGGAUUAUGAUGGGCAACUUGUUCUGGAUAUUCAUUGGGACAACCACCUUUGUUGGGCUCCUCAUUUACCUUGGAAACAUGUUUGUUGGCGGGGAUAUCAACAAGCGAAUUGUUCAGCAGUUGGUGACUUUUGACAACAAUAUGGAGAUAGAUGUGAGUAAUCCACGGUUUAAGGCCACGUGGGAGAACGGGACGCUCAGAUUUCGCAACAUUAAGGUGAAAUCGAAGCAGUCCAACGAGAUAGAUUACACUUUUGACAUCGACACAGUCAACUUAACACUUUCUCUUAACAAGUGGCUCGAUGGGCAUGGGCUCAUCAAAGGGAUUGAUAUUUCUGGAUUGGAAGGAACAGUUACGUUUCCACAAUCGGACCAGCUUUCGGACAGCUCUUUUGCAGACACAUAUGUGUUUGACAGCUUUAAAAUGAGUGAUUCGAGGAUUAAAAUGGAAGGGAAGAACUUCAAAGAGCCCUUUGAGCUCGAUCUCUUCACUUGUGAGAUGGGCAGGCUUCGCAGAACGUGGCUUAUGUAUGAUUUCUUGAAUGCAGAUGCACUUUCUGGGUCGUUAAAUGGCUCAUUAUUCACUUUGCACAAGCGGCAAAACAGAUAUGCUCAUUUUGCUGGUAUGGACGAUGAUGAUGAUGCGGAAGCCAAUGGAACUAGUCCAUGGAAGAAAAUAAGCCGCAUUCGUGUUGAUCAGGUUGAUCUCUCGAAAAUUUUCACUGAAAACUCCAAGGUCAACUGGUUGACUUCGGGAAAAGCAGAGCUUAUAGUUGAUAUUAUGCUUCCUACUGACGAUGGCAGCUUGGAAAUUGCCGUUUCCGAUCGUGGCUUAGUUCAAGGGGUGAGGGAAGAGAUGAGAAAGCUCUAUUCAUCUGGAGAGGAGCGUGAAAAGGCCAAGCAGAAUAUUGGAAGUUUUGUUAAAUCGCGCUUUGAAGCCUUAAAAUCUGCAUUUGGCAAACACAAGGCCGAAGAUAAGGAGGCUAAAGAGAGCACUGCUGAAAAAGGCAAGGCUGAAGAUGUUGUGUUUGAAGACGAAUCGGCAGUGAAGUCUUUGAAUGCAACUGUGGACUCCUUAGCAAGCAAAUCAGCAGAGAAGAAAUACGUGGUGAUGGACUUCAAGAUCAACUUAUACGACUUGAAAGCGGCAACACCCGAAACCAUUCCUGCUUCCUCUUUAACUGGUGCCCCCUACAUAUCCGAGAAGGACAUGAACUCGUUGGUUACAUUCAUUAAUGACAAAAAGUACGGUCUUUCCUCAGGAUCUUCCAGUUUCAACGAUGGAAAUAGUUCAAAAACGGACAAACCAGACUUGGCUGACCAAACCACUGGAAACGGAGAUAAUGGUGCUGAUGCCAAAGAUGCGGAUAUAAGUCCGUUUGAUGAAGAGAACCCAAUUCCUCCAUUAAAGUUCCGAAUUGUGCAAAAUGUCAACAACUUCCAGUUUAUAGACUUCCCUACACUUAUUGCUUUAGCAAACCAGAAAAGAACAACCAAUGGAAACUCACAGAUAGCAUUUGAGCACACACACCAACUCAUGGAUUCGCUUGUUUCGGAAGCAUUGAGUCUAUUGUUGUUGUAUAAAGAGGAAAUGAGAAUGUACCUUAUGCGGAAAUAUUCCCAAAGGUCUGGAAUGCAAAUUGUGUUCAAUAACUCUGCAUUGGGAAAUCUCCUUUUGGUUGGAUUAGGCAGUUUUGCGAUUUGA